AGUCUGUUGACGUUCUCUCCGCCAUUUUGAUUUGUAUACAGCUUGUUUUGGAAAGUCAAAAAGGGGAUUUUGCGCGUUUAUUCCAGUGGAACUACCCACUCGUUGGGUAGUUAGCAAUCGGGCAUCAUCCCUUUGAACUGAGUUCUUGCUCUGAAUCUGUGAAGCACAUAAGUAGAGUUCACGUAGGAUUUAAAAGGUGUAGUUCCACAGCUGAUGGUACCAUGGCUUCCCUGGAGCCAGGCCCAGCCAGCUUAGAGUGUAUUCAUCGCAGUGAGGCGUUUCCUAAGCGCCCCAUGCAGAAGGAUGAAGACGACGUGGAUGUCCCAUUCCCAGUGCUCAGUGGGGAGAGUGUGGAGUAUCUGGGCAAGACAGCAGACGGAACCAUUGCAUUGUCCAACUUCCGCCUCUUUAUCCGCUUCAAGGAUUCUUUUGUGAAUGUGCCAUUGGGACUGAUUGAGUCUGUGGAAUGCCUGGCCAUCUUUUACAUGCAAAUAUGCUGUAAGGACUCAAAGGCGUUCAGGUGUGCAUUUGCUACCAAUGAGACCUGUCUAGAAUGGUAUCGUAGAAUUAGCCUGGCUAUCUCCCUCCCUGAGAAACUGGAUGAUUUCUUUGCAUUUGCUUUCCAUGCUUGGUGUGUAGAUCCCAGUCACCAGGAUGAUCAACAGCCAUCUCUCAAUGGAGGAGACGAGUCUUUGUAUAGCUCUGGUAAGGAAGUGGAGAGGAUGGGGUUUGACUUGAAGAAAGUCUGGAGGAUAUGUCAGCUCAAUGAAGAUUACAAGGUUUCUCCGAGCUAUCCGAAGUACCAUAUUGUGCCUAUCUCUGUGUCAGACAAGGAUGUAGAAAGUGUGGCAGCUUUUAGAUCUUCACGAAGAUUUCCAUCAGUUGUAUGGAGGAGCCGUCAAAAUGGAGCUGUGAUAGCUCGCUGUAGUCAGCCAGAAGUUGGUUGGCUUGGAUGGAGAAACUCUCAAGAUGAACAGUUACUGUUAGCCAUAGCAAAAGCAUGUGUUGUGGACAGUGAGAAGAAGAAGGGGGGUGAGAGUGUAUUGGAUGAAGCAGAAACCCUGAAUGGUUCAACCUCCCCCAGUGAUGGCAGUGAUCAGUGUGAAGCCAGGAAACUGCUGAUAGUGGAUGCCAGAUCUUAUGGUGCUGCCUUUGCCAACAGAGCCAAAGGAGGGGGCUGUGAAUGCAUUGAAUAUUACCCCAACUGUGAGAUUCAGUUUAUGAACCUGGCUAAUAUCCAUGCCAUAAGGAAGAGCUAUCUAGCUGUGCGAGCCUUGUGUGCUGCAGGACCAGAACAACCCAAUUGGUACUCUGGGCUGGAGACCACCAAGUGGCUGCAGCACAUAGCUAACCUGAUGCGUGCUGCUGUCAUAGUGGUGAAUGCUAUUGACAAGGAGCAGCGUCCAGUGCUUGUCCACUGCUCAGACGGCUGGGACAGGACACCGCAGAUAGUGGCGCUGGCAGAGCUCCAACUAGAUGCAUAUUACAGGACCAUACAGGGAUUUCAAGCUCUUGUUGAAAGAGAAUGGCUGGACUUUGGGCACAAGUUUGGAGACCGUUGUGGUAACGGUGUCAACUGCGAUGAUGUCAAUGAACGCUGCCCUGCAUUCCUCCAAUGGCUUGAUUGUAUUCAUCAGCUGCAGAGACAGUUUCCCUGUGCUUUUGAAUUUAAUGAGACUUUCCUGGUCAAACUUGCACAGCAUGUGUACUCUCGCUUGUUUGGAACAUUCCUGUGUAACUCAGCUCAGGAACGAGAGAGGGGGAAGGUCCGAGAGAGGGCCUUUUCUGUGUGGACACUGCUCAGACCAGACAAUAAGAAGUUCAAAAACUUUUUAUACUCUUCACUUAAUGACCAGGUACUCCGACCAUCUUGCAAUGUGAGUGACAUGGAGCUGUGGUCCUCCAUCUAUCUCUCCAGCACUUCCUCCAUGCCUGUGUCGAAGGAGGUAGCACACGAGGACGAGGAGUAUGCAUUGGAAGCAGCAGAGUUUGACAAACCGUUGCAUAAAACUAAGUCUUGUGAUGAUAUCAUAGCAGCGUUGGAGAAUACCUCCAAUCUUACCAGGCGACUAAGUGAUCCUAACAUUGUGCACUCCGGGGACGCUCCUGUGCCACACAGCGACCCUCUCUUCCCAUCUAGUCAACCGAAAAUAAAUGGAGCAGAAAGUAACGCAUCCUCGGAUAUUUCAUCAUCAGAUGAACCUAAGGGAGAAUUGGCUUCAGAAACACAGGCUGAGGAGGAAGGCCAAGACUUGAAUGGUCUUCAAGGAUAUGAUAGUGAUGCCAAGAAAGGCAGCUCACUUGGAGAGGAAAGUACAGCAGGACAAUCUAGUGAGGAGACUGACCCCAGUGUCACUCUAGUCAAUGGACAGGACUGUGAUCACUUGCCCAAUGGUCAUAGUAUUAAUGAUACUGAAGGAGGGGAGUCUUCAAGUGAACAGGAGAAAAGUGAAUUUAGGAGUGUUUCUGUAGCCAGCUCAACGGACACUCUCAUAGGUGCUGACUGCACCCUGCCACAGCAAGACAGGAGUGGGAAAGAACUUACCAAUGGACACUCAGAUACUUGUCUGUAUCAGAAUGGAGGCUCUGGGGUGGAGGCACAGCCCAGUAAGAGUCAAUCUUUUCAAAAUUAUUCAACUAUCAGUACGAGCACCACUGAUAUCAGUGACUCCCAAGUGAAGCAGCGUAACCCGCUGAGCCUGCACUUGAAAUGUUAUACUACCAGUUGUAAGCCAAGCUGUGCUCAAGCGGCCAAUUCUAAUGGCAAGGCUUCAUCAUCUAGCAUGGAAUCUGAUCGUUCCACUCCUUAUUAUUCCCGCACCCCCAGCUCAACCUGUCCCCCAACCCCUGGCACAGAUAAACAGAAUGGUUCCUCUGUGCAUCGUAGUAUUAGCAUGGUAGCGCGGCACCUGGACUGUGAUGGACUAACCACAUUUGAGGACGAGAUUCACCAGAGACUACAGCAAAAAGAGGAGGAGUACCAGAACAGGAUAGCUUUCUUAAUGAAUCAGCUGCGGCUGGCGCGGCGCUGGAUCCCAGGGGUCAAUGGCCUGGGCAGGUCUGGGGACAAAGAUGAUGUGAUGUCACUCCCGGAGUCUACAGAGGGUGAUGAGCACAUGUCCCUGAACAGUAAUGCUGCCUCAGAUGCCAGCUGGGAGCCUCUGGAGGAGCAGGACGCCAGGGUGACACUGUGGGUGCCGGACCAUGUGGUCACGCACUGUGCUGGCUGUGACGGAGAGUUCUACUUUGCCAGGAGGAGACACCACUGCAGAAACUGUGGGCAGGUAUUUUGUGGAUCAUGUACCAACAACUUCAUCCCGGUGCCCCAGCAACAGCUGUUUGAGCCAAGCCGAGUGUGCAAAGGCUGCUACAUCAACCUGAAGAUGUCUGCGUCUGGCUACGGCGCCGAGGAGGUCAGAGGACAGAGGAACCCUGUGAGGAGUGGGAGUUCUUCGGCGUGAGGGUACGGAUCACUCCUUAGUCCACUACUGACACCAGCGGACAAACAGGGUGGAAGACCAUCAGUGCUUGCUUUUCUAACACUGGCAGUUUCUUUUGAAAAGACUGUUGAAAACAGGAAAUUCAUCUUCUCAGUAAAGUCACUGUCAGCAGUGCUUGUCUUGAUAACCCAGUCCAUGCCUGAGAGAGCAUCUUUUACCAUUUAGACAUUACAGAUGAACUGUUGUAAAAUUGGAUAUCUUAAACAAUUUCCUUAUUAUGAUUAUUUUAUUUUUAUUUUUUAUAAGGCAGCAGCAAUAUAAUCUUGCAAUCAAACAUGGAGUAAAAAAUGUAUGGUGCACAAAACGAUGAGUAAACGCAAAGACUGAGGAUAUAAAGCUGCCGAGGGGGUAUGUGCUAUUUGGGUUGCUGGUGGGCGCAAAUGUGAGCCUGCUAUAUGCUUGCCACUCAGAAUCUGAAUGAAGAAAUCCUGUGUUUAAGUUUUUUUUUUUUUUUUUUUUUUUUUUUGACAUAGGUAUCCAAUAUAUUGGAGGAUUCACCCAUGAUAUAGCAGUGAUUAUUGAUGUGCAAUUUUGAUGGUGGUGGGUACACCCCCCCAGAGUAACUAAUGCAUUUAAUCUGUACACUUACAAGGUACAUGAGGGUACCUUUGUGUCAAAAUAUCAAAAAUGAUGAAAAGCUCAUUUUUGAAAAUUUAUUAUGAUAUAGAAAUAUCUGGGUUAAAGUGAUGGCUUGGAUUUGAGAAUAUUAUGUUGACAUGAUGAAGCUGUUAGCUAAAUCGACUGUGAUAUAUGUUAAAGUAUAUUAUAGGCUUUGACUCUGUGGAUUCAAGAGGGAUGUAAAGUCUUAUUAGUUUAGUAAUACAGCUUUCACUUUGCCAGGUUCUGUUCAUGUUCCAACAGCAGUUUUAACCUGUACCAAUCAUUUCAUUCAUGUUAUUACUUAAGUUUUUUGUAGUCAGUUUGAAGUAUGCUUUUGGAUGCAAACCCAAGUGGUGAAAAUAAACCUAUGGGCGAUGACCUAUACUUUGAUAAUUACAUGGUUAGGAAAAACUUGGCACAGUCAAAGUCUGCACACAGCCAUAUGUUGGGUACACUUUGGUUUAUGCUGUAAUGCCUUUGGCAUUCAUUGACUAGGUUAUAUCAGAUACUUGGUUGUGGGAAUUCUAAUUCCAGAGAGAGCACAGCCUUCUACCAAACUUGUCAGUAUUGCAGCAAUAUAUCGUAUUGUUUAGAUCAGAAUUAACUCCAGAUAGUCAAGUGUUAAGGCCUAAUAUGAGACUUAGACGAUUUAGACGGAUCUUAAUUAUAUCAUAGUUGGUAGACAUGUCCAUAAUAUGUACAUGGACCUACACAUUAAUAUCAAUAUCUAGUUAGAAUACAACAGAUGCACGCUUUUAGCAUCAAGCAAUGGGUGAUUCUUGUGAAAGAUGAAUUAUACCUGCUAAAUAGGCUUUGGUAUUAUGUGUUAAGAACUGGUGCCUUUUCUUUGAAUGAAAACAGAUCUUAGAUAACUAAAGCUGCUGCUGAACAUAACUUUUACUGACACUUCUGCUAUUUGAUGGAGGGAUACUUCUAAUGAACAUGCAGAGAUGAAGAAUAUGACAGCAAAAAAGUGUAGAAAAAUCAGUCACGUUCAUUUGCUGCUGGUCAUUAUUUUGGCGGUUAUAACAUCUCAUCUUUCUUGUUCACAACAUUGUGCUACCAAAGAUAAUAAAAUUAUGAAAAAAGUGA